AAAUUUGAUUGUUCCAUUUAUUGAUCAAACAGUGCAGACAAUGGAAGUAGCAAGAAUAUCUGUACUUGAUUAUAUUCGAGAAAUGAAAAAACCGACCGUUUGUAGACUGAUAUUAUGUGCAAAAGUUACAAAUUAUGAGAAAAUUAUAAAAUCGAUCAAUCUUGCAAUGAAAGAGAACUCUACAGAACACGUAACAGGACUGCUCCUGAUUAAUUCUGAUUUUCUGAUUCAUUUGAUCGAAGCUUCAGAAGAUGAGGUAUUCCAAUUGUGUAAUAAACUGUUUCUUAUUAAUUCAAGCGUGGUGAAAAAUAUUAAAUGUAUAUACAUACAAAAUAAUGCGAAAAGAUUGUUUGAAGCGUGGUACUUCAGAAAGUUGAAUGACAAGAUCUUCAAAGGUGAUGAAACAUGUGAAGACACUUUUGAAACUGCAUCCAGUACAUAUAAAAAAAUAAUUUUAAAUUUACAUAAAUUAUAUUGGGAAUUACGAAACGUAACAAAUCGUGAAAUCUUGAUCGAACAGUUAGAUUUAAUAUCUACAAAAGGACAUUCGUGUAUUCCAUCAAUGAAAGAUAUAGAAUUUGUACUUCAAAGUUCUUGGGGAUAUGAUUUGACAAAAUUAAUAAAUGACUACGUUAAUUUAAAUUAUUCUUGUAAUUUCGAUGAUUACUCGCAAGUUUCUGAGAUGGUACAGGAAAUCAAAUAUGAUUAAUUUUGUGAAAUACUAUUUGCUGAUAAAAAUAAUCUAUAUUUACAAAGCAAAUAUAUAGCAUUAUAUAAUUAAACAAGUGCGUAUUUUUCUGAAAUGGCAGAGUUAUGUUAGGUUAGAAUAAUAUAGAAGUUAUGCAGAAAAGGGUUAUGUCGCAGAAUAAACCAGAGGCGACGCUCUCUGUUUAAACUGGUUGUACAAACGAGCGGGAAAUUUAAAUUAAGUCAAUCCGGAAAUAAUUAUUACAAACAUAUAAGAAAAUGAAAAACUAUAUAU